GUCAAAGAUGAUUUAAUUACAACCGUCAGAACGUUCCAUAUUUUCAGCGCGCAUUCCUGUCCUUCUGGAUUGUGUAGCUCCGAAGGCAAAUGGGAGUUUCCAGGAAGUAGCCAUAUUGGAAGCGCAAUCAAGCUUGUUCCACUGUGUCAGCUAGUUUACAGAGAGAGUGAGACGAGGGCAGUUUCCUUUCGCCCAGAUCGGCAUUAAAACGCAUACAUUUCGCACCAUGGCUGCUACGGACGUAGACAUAUUUUCUAAUGAAGAAAAGCGUAAUCUCAGUUUGGGUGGCCAUGUUGGUUUUGACAGCCUUCCCGAUCAGUUGGUCAGUAAAUCGGUGACACAGGGUUUCUGCUUCAAUAUCCUCUGUGUAGGGGAAACGGGUAUUGGCAAGUCAACGUUAAUGAAUACGCUUUUUAACACAAUGUUUGAGAAUGAGGAGGCCAGCCACUACCAGAAUGGCGUGUGUAUGCGGCCCAGAACAUAUGACCUCCAGGAGAGCAACGUCCACCUCAAGCUGACUAUUGUGGACACUGUGGGGUUCGGGGACCAGAUCAACAAAGAGGAGAGUUAUAAACCGAUAGUGGACUAUAUCGACACACAGUUUGAAAAUUACCUCCAGGAAGAGCUGAAAAUCAAGCGCUCCCUCUUCAACUACCACGACGGGAGGGUCCACAUCUGUCUGUACUUCAUUGCUCCCACGGGGCAUUCACUGAAGUCCUUGGAUUUAGUUACCAUGAAGAAACUGGACAGCAAGGUGAAUAUAAUCCCUAUCAUCGCUAAAGCCGAUACAAUCUCCAAGAGCGAGCUCCAUAAAUUCAAGAUUAAAAUCAUGAGUGAGCUGGUGAGCAACGGAGUGCAGAUCUAUCAAUUCCCCACAGAUGACCACGCAGUCACAGAGAUCAACUCCUCCAUGAAUGCUCACCUCCCCUUCGCUGUGGUGGGGAGCGUCGAGGAGGUUAAAGUGGGAAACAAAACGGUGAGGGCCAGGCAGUACCCCUGGGGAGUAGUACAAGUGGAGAACGAGAGCCACUGUGACUUUGUGAAGCUGCGUGAGAUGCUGAUCAGGGUGAACAUGGAGGAUCUGAGAGAGCAGACUCACGCCAGACACUACGAGCUCUACCGCCGCUGCAAACUGGAGGAGAUGGGAUUCACAGAUACAGACCCCGACUGUCAGCCGUUCAGUCUCCAGGAGACCUAUGAGGCCAAGAGGAAAGAGUUCAUGGGAGACCUGCAGAAGAAAGAGGAGGAGAUGCGACAGAUGUUUGUCAACAAAGUGAAGGAGACUGAGGCAGAGCUGAAAGAGAAGGAGAGAGAGUUACACAACAAGUUUGAGCAGCUGAAGCACAUGCACCAGGAGGAGAAGAGGAAGGUGGAGGAGAAGAGGCGAGACCUGGAGGAGGAAAUGAACGCCUUCAACCGCAGGAAAGUGGCAGCUGAGACAUUGUCCUUAGCCCAGCCACUCAAGAAGGACAAGGACAAAAAAAAGUAAUUAAUAUACGGGCCCAAGCCAACCAUGGAUUUGUCUUCCAUCAUCAUAGCGACGUCAACGUUUUACAUUUUUUUAUACAUUCCUUCAUGACAAUGUACACAUGGACCAAAGAUGCUGAUGGGACAGGAUAUGAAGAGAUUGAGCGAGAGAGCUGACUCGCUGAAAGUGGCCAUUCCCUUCUAGGAUCAUUCAUGUUAUGAUUUGUCUUUUUUUUUAAUACAUUUAGUUCAGUUUUUCUUUUUCUUGUUUGAGACUUACUGAUCUGUUUUGCUCACCAUCACUGGUUUUGUGACUGAAGGCACAACAAAUCAUGGACUUUCAACAUGCAAUGCUUUUUGGUACUGACAUGUAUUACCUUGUUCUCCCAUGUUGUCAGUUAAUGUAAUGUUAAUGGCUAAGCAUUUACUGGUAGUGUAGGUGGACUCAACUCACCACCAGCCAUACACCAGUGUUCUGCUAUCUGACGUUAGACAGUGGCCAUACACCAGUGUUCCUCUAUCUGACGUUAGACAGUGGCCAUACACCAGUGUUCUGCUAUCUGACGUUAGACAGUGGCCAUACACCUGUGUUCUGCUAUCUGACGUUAGACAGUGGCCAUACACCAGUGUUCUGCUAUCUGACGUUAGACAGUGGCCUUACACCAGUGUUCUGCUAUCUGACGUUAGACAGUGGCCAUACACCAGUGUUCCUCUAUCUGACGUUAGACAGUGGCCAUACACCAGUGUUCCGCUAUCUGACGUUAGACAGUGGCCAUACACCAGUGUUCCUCUAUCUGACGUUAGACAGUGGCCUUACACCAGUGUUCUGCUAUCUGAUGUUAGACAGUGGCCAUACACCAGUGUUCCGCUAUCUGACGUUAGACAGUGGCCUUACACCAGUGUUCUGCUAUCUGAUGUUAGACAGUGGCCAUACACCAGUGUUCCGCUAUCUGACGUUAGACAGUGGCCAUACACCAGUGUUCCGCUAUCUGACGUUAGACAGUGGCCAUACACCAGUGUUCUGCUAUCUGACGUUAGACAGUGGCCUUACACCAGUGUUCUGCUAUCUGACGUUAGACAGUGGCCUUACACCAGUGUUCCUCUAUCUGAUGUUAGAUAGUGGCCAUACACCAGUGUUCCUCUAUCUGAUGUUAGACAGUGGCCAUACACCAGUGUUCCUCUAUCUGAUGUUAGACAGUGGCCAUACACCAGUGUUCCUCUAUCUGACGUUAGACAGUGGCCAUACACCAGUGUUCCUCUAUCUGACGUUAGAUAGUGGCCAUACACCAGUGUUCCUCUAUCUGAUGUUAGACAGUGGCCAUACACCAGUGUUCCUCUAUCUGAUGUUAGACAGUGGCCAUACACCAGUGUUCCUCUAUCUGAUGUUAGACAGUGGCCAUACAUCAGUGUUCCUCUAUCUGACGUUAGACAGUGGCCAUACACCUGUGUUCUGCUAUCUGACGUUAGACAGUGGCCUUACACCAGUGUUCUGCUAUCUGAUGUUAGACAGUGGCCAUACACAAGUGUUCCUCUAUCUGACGUUAGACAGUGGCCAUACACCAGUGUUCCUCUAUCUGACGUUAGACAGUGGCCUUACACCAGUGUUCUGCUAUCUGACGUUAGACAGUGGCCUUACACCAGUGUUCUGCUAUCGGAUGUUAGACAGUGGCCAUACACCAGUGUUCCUCUGAUGUUAGACAGUGGCCAUACACCAGUGUGCCUCUAUCUGACGUUAGACAGUGGCCUUACACCAGUGUUCCUCUAUCUGACGUUAGACAGUGGCCAUACACCAGUGUUCCUCUAUCUGAUGUUAGACAGUGGCCAUACACCAGUGUUCCUCUAUCUGAUGUUAGACAGUGGCCAUACACCAGUGUUCCGCUAUCUGACGUUAGACAGUGGCCUUACACCAGUGUUCUGCUAUCUGAUGUUAGACAGUGGCCAUACACCAGUGUUCCACUAUCUGACGUUAGACAGUGGCCAUACACCAGUGUUCCUCUAUCUGAUGUUAGACAGUGGCCAUACACCAGUGUUCCUCUAUCUGACGUUAGACAGUGGCCUUACACCAGUGUUCUGCUAUCUGAUGUUAGACAGUGGCCAUACACCAGUGUUCCUCUGAUGUUAGACAGUGGCCAUACACCAGUGUGCCUCUAUCUGACGUUAGACAGUGGCCUUACACCAGUGUUCCUCUAUCUGACGUUAGACAGUGGCCAUACACCAGUGUUCCUCUAUCUGAUGUUAGACAGUGGCCAUACACCAGUGUUCCGCUAUCUGACGUUAGACAGUGGCCAUACACCAGUGUUCCUCUAUCUGAUGUUAGACAGUGGCCAUACACCAGUGUUCCUCUAUCUGACGUUAGACAGUGGCCAUACACCAGUGUUCUGCUAUCUGAUGUUAGACAGUGGCCAUACACCAGUGUUCCUCUGAUGUUAGACAGUGGCCAUACACCAGUGUUCCUCUAUCUGAUGUUAGACAGUGGCCUUACACCAGUGUUCCUCUAUCUGAUGUUAGACAGUGGCCAUACACCAGUGUUCCUCUAUCUGAUGUUAGACAGUGGCCAUACACCAGUGUUCUGCUAUCUGAUGUUAGACAGUGGCCAUACACCAGUGUUCUGCUAUCUGAUGUUACAGUGGCCAUACACCAGUGUUCUGCUAUCUGAUGUUAGACAGUGGCCAUACACCAGUGUUCCUCUAUCUGAUGUUAGACAGUGGCCAUACACCAGUGUUCCUCUAUCUGACGUUAGACAGUGGCCAUACACCAGUGCUCCUCUAUCUGACGUUAGACAGUGGCCAUACACCAGUGUUCCUCUAUCUGAUGUUACAGUGGCCAUACACCAGUGUUCCUCUAUCUGAUGUUAGACAGUGGCCAUACACCAGUGUUCCUCUAUCUGAUGUUAGACAGUGGCCAUACACCAGUGUUCCUCUAUCUGACGUUAGACAGUGGCCAUACACCUGUGUUCUGCUAUCUGACGUUAGACAGUGGCCUUACACCAGUGUUCUGCUAUCUGAUGUUAGACAGUGGCCAUACACAAGUGUUCCUCUAUCUGACGUUAGACAGUGGCCAUACACCAGUGUUCCUCUAUCUGACGUUAGACAGUGGCCAUACACCUGUGUUCUGCUAUCUGACGUUAGACAGUGGCCUUACACCAGUGUUCUGCUAUCUGAUGUUAGACAGUGGCCAUACACCAGUGUUCCUCUGAUGUUAGACAGUGGCCAUACACCAGUGUGCCUCUAUCUGACGUUAGACAGUGGCCUUACACCAGUGUUCCUCUAUCUGACGUUAGACAGUGGCCAUACACCAGUGUUCCUCCAUCUGAUGUUAGACAGUGGCCAUACACCAGUGUUCCGCUAUCUGACGUUAGACAGUGGCCUUACACCAGUGUUCUGCUAUCUGACGUUAGACAGUGGCCUUACACCAGUGUUCUGCUAUCUGAUGUUAGACAGUGGCCAUACACCAGUGUUCCACUAUCUGACGUUAGACAGUGGCCAUACAUCAGUGUUCCUCUAUCUGACGUUAGACAGUGGCCAUACAUCAGUGUUCUGCUAUCUGACGUUAGACAGUGGCCUUACACCAGUGUUCUGCUAUCUGAUGUUAGACAGUGGCCAUACACCAGUGUUCCUCUAUCUGACGUUAGACAGUGGCCAUACACCAGUGUUCUGCUAUCUGACGUUAGACAGUGGCCUUACACCAGUGUUCUGCUAUCUGACGUUAGACAGUGGCCUUACACCAGUGUUCUGCUAUCUGAUGUUAGACAGUGGCCAUACACCAGUGUUCCUCUAUCUGACGUUAGACAGUGGCCAUACACCAGUGUUCCUCUAUCUGACGUUAGACAGUGGCCUUACAGCAGUGUUCCUCUAUCUGACGUUAGACAGUGGCCUUACACCAGUGUUCUGCUAUCUGAUGUUAGACAGUGGCCAUACACCAGUGUUCCUCUAUCUGACGUUAGACAGUGGCCAUACACCAGUGUUCCUCUAUCUGACGUUAGACAGUGGCCUUACAGCAGUGUUCCUCUAUCUGACGUUAGACAGUGGCCUUACACCAGUGUUCUGCUAUCUGAUGUUAGACAGUGGCCAUACACCAGUGUUCCUCUGAUGUUAGACAGUGGCCAUACACCAGUGUUCCUCUAUCUGAUGUUAGACAGUGGCCAUACACCAGUGUUCCUCUAUCUGAUGUUAGACAGUGGCCAUACACCAGUGUUCUGCUAUCUGAUGUUAGACAGUGGCCAUACACCAGUGUUCUGCUAUCUGAUGUUAGACAGUGGCCAUACACCAGUGUUCCUCUAUCUGACGUUAGACAGUGGCCUUACACCAGUGUUCUGCUAUCUGAUGUUAGACAGUGGCCAUACACCAGUGUUCCUCUGAUGUUAGACAGUGGCCAUACACCAGUGUGCCUCUAUCUGAUGUUAGACAGUGGCCAUACACCAGUGUGCCUCUAUCUGAUGUUAGACAGUGGCCAUACACCAGUGUGCCUCUAUCUGAUGUUAGACAGUGGCCAUACACCUUAGAGUUGGGUCUGAAUUCUGUGCCAAACUAGACCAGACCUUUUAGUCAUGAAUAGUAAUAACAAAACUGAUAUAAGUACAAUACCUGUAUAUUUAUAUUUUUGCAAACAAGUAUAUGUAGGUACCAUCGAGUAAACUAGUCCUAAAAUAUACAAUAAAUACUGGUGCUGUUUUAUAUUCAUCCAGAAACAUGUAUGUGAAUAUUGAGCUCACGUGGCUUAUUAAAAUGUAUAUGAUGAAGCACAUAAUGCUGUAUGUUUGUGAUGUACCAUACGCCAUUGAUGUGAGAAGUCAGUUUACACUACCCAUAUGCAAAGCAGCGUCUAAUAGAGGCCACGACUUACAGUAGAAAUGUUUACAUCGAAAGGCUAGAAGAAAGAUGUACUCACUCACUUUAUUGGAAAUAAAUGCAAGCCCUCGCCUUGGAUGUGCCCCUAU